CGCCGCGUCCGCACGCGCCCUUCUCCGCUCCGCCACCCGCUCGCGAACAGUGCACGCCCGCCGCAAGGAUACCUACCACGGUGCAUGUGAUUAAGUGACGGCUUCCCAGUGCUUUGAAGUGGAGGCUCGGGCCGCCGGUGCCGCUGGGCCCGCUUGCGGCCCGGGCGGUGGGAUGGACUCCCCACAGAUGUACGAUGCGACCGGCGCGCCACCGCCGCCGCCGCAGCCCGAUCUCAAGAAGGUUGGAGAUGACAAGCGCGCGCCCUUCCCGCCCCCGGACCUGGACGAGCUCAAUGGCCAGGAGAUCAGUCUCGACCUGCAGCACCUCAUCGAGGACCAGUUCCGCGGAGAGGAGACCAUGGCGCUCUUCCAGGAGAUUCUACCUGGUGGCCGCUCUCCGCAGCCGAGACACUUUACACGAACCACUCUGGCUUACAUGCCACAGCCGGUACAUUCAGGAGCAUCAUAUGCACCUGUUCCGGCUACAGCGGCACACGAACAACAGCCACCGAUAAAAGAGGAACCGCCUGAGCCGCAUGAUUUUAGGCGAAACGUCAGUUGCGCUCAGUAUACAGGCCAGUACAACCCCCAACCGCCCGUAGGCGUCAGUGGUCCUUACGGUGGAGGCUUCACCUCCUUACCGCCACUUGGAGCGCCGCUCCUGCCUCCUUUACUCAAACACAAACAGACCCCAUCGAGACGCUCCUCCGGAAAAGCGGUAGACAAAGGAACAGACGAAUACAGAAGGAGACGCGAGCGCAACAACAUAGCUGUGAGAAAAUCGCGCGAGAAGGCUAAAGUGCGCUCCAGAGAGGUAGAAGAGAAGGUGAAAACGCUGUUGAGAGAGAAAGACGCGCUGCUGAAGAGGUUGGAGGCGGUGUCGGGGGAACUGAGUUUACAUAAACAAAUGUACGUGCAUCUGAUCAACCUGAACCACCCGGAGAUCACGGAGCUGUGCCGCUCGAUGCUGCAGCUAGGCGCGCCGCAUGCGCCCGACCACACGCUCUGACCAUAGAUCGAGAUGGUGUGAUAUCGUGCAUUAACUCUUUAAAGUGACCUACGUUAAGAGUAGUUAGCGAAAUUAUCAUGUGAUUUUUAUUGUUUAUUGUACACGGAUAGUUUAAUUUUAAGUCCAUCCGCAGUCGACGCUGUGAAGGCUUAGGGCGAUAGACUACGCAGAAGUAAAUUAAAUACAGGUAUUUAAAUCUAAAAAAAUGUUCAGACCUUAGUGCAAUAUUGCCGUGAAAUUAAAAUAAGAAAAGUUGUUUGAUAAAGUAUUUUCAGGACGAGGUUUUGCUGAGUCCUAAAAAGUGUCGAUUCAGACGUUAAAACUAAAAAUGUUGCGUAGUCUUUAGCCUAAUGUGUUGGUGCUUUUAUUAAAUCGAAGAGUGAGCCUUGGUCUAGGGUGUGACUAAGACUAAGACUGACUUUUUUAAGGCUUUUGCCAUUUAAAAAGCACCGAUUAUGUUGAAUUGUGAAGAUAGUACUCAUAAAAGCGUGAGGUGUUAUAUGCAGGUUAGCUUAUAGCUACAUAUUACUGUUUAAUUUUCGAAGCAAGAUAAACCUCAUAUAGUGCGCCACGCAUAAGAGUUAAACUAUGGAUAGUUUCUAAAAUUGCUACUUUUUAUACGUUAAGCUAUGUCCACAAUAUUACUUUCAUCUUCAAAAGGCAUAAUACUCUCAAAGCCAAGUAAAACAACUUUAGUGCAAAGCUUUUAAGCCUCACUUUUAAGAUAGACGAGUAUAAAAGCAUUGAUGUGGACAUAGCUUUAUAUUUUUUGCAUAAAGCCAAUUCACAAGCUAUCGACUCAUAAGCGAGUUCUGGCCGCAAAGAAGUGAUCUCAAAAAUGGCGGCUACAACCGCUAGCUCACACUAUCACUGCCAUGUGUCUCGAAAAUGUACUCUAUGGACAUAACAAUACGUACUGAUUUACGACGUAAAGGCUGCUGUAGAUAAUACAUUUUAACAUUUGCAAAGAUAUGACAGAUUGGGAUUAAAAAAGUUGCUGCAUUAAUUUUAAAUCCCAUUCAUAGAUGUCGCUAGACUUCCACGAUUUUAAAAAUAAGGAUCGGAAAGCCACAAAACAUGGGAUGUGUGACUGAUUUUUACCUUUUUAUGGACGGAAUGAAUAUUUUUUAACUGUAUUGAUACAUUGAGACGCAAUGUAGUUUGUAAUAUAAUAAAGUAGGGUUGACCAAGUCGAGUGAGAUUGAGAGGAAAAAAAUAUCUUGAUAUUUACAAUAUUUUUAUCGUAAUCCAAUUUUACCUGUGAUCCGAUUCGCCUUGGCCUACCCUAUCUGCGUAACAUGUAAAUUUGGUUGUAAAUAAUCUUGAAAAAUAUAUAGAUGUAAAAUUCUUUUUUCUGAAUUGUUUCUUAGCUUCUCCAAAUUUCUAACUUUUUACUCUGACUUGAUACGCCUAGGUUUGUUCUUCUUUUAUUGUAAAACAAAACUUUAUUUUCGUUUAAUAAUUAAUCGAUAUAUGUAAAUAAUAGGAAUUUUAUAGUUAACGCUAAGCGUAGGGUUAGCAAAGGGCUAUUUUAACUAUUUUGUUGAGUUCUAAAAUUUUUAUUCCUAAAAAGUACCUUUAUUAAUUCUUAUUUUUGUUAGAUUUUAUGUAUGUUUAAGUUUAAAGUAAGGUUUAAAUUAAUUAUGAUAAAAUCAUUGUUCUACAUACUGCCGAGGGAAAGUACAAGGUGUAAUUUAUAUUAAAAAAAAAACGAUGUAAAUUUUCUAAGCUACUUAAUUGAGUAUGAAGUAACUCUAGUAACAUUAUAAGCUGCUUAAAAGAAUAUUAUAAUUGUAAAAGAUAUACUUUGACUGCCAACUUAAGUGGCGAAAUGGUAUUUUAACUGUUCGACUCAGGGUUGGCACUCAUAGUAAAAACGGGUCUCGAAACACAUAGUUACCAUAACAAAUCCUACGAUUAAAAUAAAAUGGGGAUGGCUACACACCAAUAAAUAUGAUAUUCAAUAUUGUAAAAAUAACCGAUUAUUACUAUUUUCUACUUAUGAUAUUUCCAGUACAGAAGUUACCCGAAAAAAAUACCUCGUAUAUUUAUAGAUUUUUAUAAAUAAUUUGGUGUGUAGUCAUUAUGUAGUCGAUAUGUUCCGUCCUGCUUUUACCUACAUACAUAUACGUACAUUCAAGAAACAUAUAUUUUGACUACUAUUACAUAUCUUUCUGACAAGUAUUCUUGUACGGAUUUUAUAUGAAUUUUGAAAUAUUCGAAUGUAUUUCAUAUACCAUAUAUAACUGUUUUGGUGGUGUGAUUUUGAAAGCUUUAGAGGUCUUGAAAUGUGUUCUAAAAUGUCUACUACUUAUGCCUAAAGGCUCGUCCAAACUGAAGCAUCACAAUGUUUUCUUUAAAAUAUUUAUAAAAAACAAAAACAUCUAAAAAUAUAUAAAGAUAACAUUGUGAUGAUUCAGUUUGAAAACUUUUGUUUAUUUUAUUAAAUAUUGUUGAUUUAUUUUUAAAUAAUUUAUGAAUCAUUUGUUUUAUCUACGUCGUCCAGAUGGUGCUAAGAAAUGCGAGAUCAAACCUUUCUUGUUCUGAGCCAAAGACUUUUAUUCUCUACCUGGGUGUCAAACUAUGUACUUAAAAAUACACAAAGGAAUUAAUUUAAUCAUUAAAAUUUUCGUAAUGUUGAUUGCUGAUAUUUAAUUAAUUUUUCAUAAUUUAUUAACAAUUGGUUGAGUGACAGCCCUAGCAACUCUUAAAGCAUUUGUUAUUACAAAUUCGUAUGAAGUGACUCUUCUGUACACGAUCGUGUAAAAUCAAUUGUACAUUAUUCCAUUAAAAGUAUUGUUCAAAGAAAGAGUAUAAUAUUUAUUUAUUGGACGACUAUUUAUGUUAUGUUGCUCAUUCUUGUUAUUGUUAGUACAAUUAUUUGUUUGUAUCAAUAGGGUUAACAACAGUCAAAGUAUUUUGUAAAUGGCGUCCAAACACCUAUGCCUGAGAAAUCUGUAGAAUACUUUGAUAGUCUAACCCUUAUCAAUAAUUUUACAGUUUGAUACUCUUGUAGUCUGUUACUUUACAAAUUCCUGUCAAAAUGAAUGUAAGAGGCCUUGAAUAUGUCUGACAAUAAUGUUAGUGUAAGGGUGAACGCCCCUCGAUGUUAUAGGUGCAAUUAAAUUUAAUAUAUACCUAUUUAAUAUAAA